UCUCGCUUCGCUUGUCGGUGACAAUCCCAGCGGGAAAUUGGGUGACGAAUAUGUCCCCCUUAAACGUGUUCCGAGACCAACCCGGCGGCAGAAUAUCGUCGUACGUGAUCCAACCGUCAGGUGUAGGUCCACGUCUUAGUAUGGAACAAUAGACCUCUUGUUCUCGUUGACAGGUCGUAUCAGCGAUCGAGCCCCCGGGUUGCGAACACUCUCGUAUAACUAGUUCAGGUAUGUGCGUCGUCACCAUCUCUGGACGCCACGACUCGAUUUUUCGUGUUGUUUUGCGGUCGUGUCUCACCGGCCCUUCUCUCGUUAUUCCCCAAACGGCCUGUUCUGAGAUGCGAUUCGUUUCCUUUCUCCACUUUUUCGUUGUUCCCCUAGUUCUCUUCCGAUCAGUGUGGUCUCAAACCACCUUCCAUUCCAUCCCCGGUAAUGGUUUGAAUGGAUUUUUUCUAAGCCCGCCUUCGACGACUGAUAUCAGCACCACCACUAUCCUUGCGACUGUUACAAUCGCUCCAUCUACCACACCAAUGCCCUGUACCGCUCUCCAGACUCCUAGCCCCAGCUCAAGUUAUGCGACCCUGUCAUCGCAGUCAACAUCCCUCGCUGAGACCAUUCGUGAGUUUCAGACCACUCCGCGGCAGCGCCGCUUGGAGCUCAUCCUCGGUCUCGCCUUCGGCAUCUCUUCUUUCGGCGUUUUUUGGGCCGUCGUAUUUCUCCGGCUGAGAGCGCCAGAGCUGUUGCGACGGAACUCGACUUUCGUUAUCGAUCCGGAACUCGGAGCGCCCGACAACAAAUUCGAUCACCUGAAAAUCACCUCUGGUCUACCGAAUUCGGCGGCUGAACAUACAAACAUGGACGCUCUCGUCCUUUACAGGCUGCAAGUCGCUCAGCUCCAGAUUCAGAACCGCACUCUGAAAAGAGAGCAUGAGUUGCUCAAGCAGACGCUUCAGACGGGUGCAGAGAGUUUGCGUGCUGAAUUGGCGGGGGCAUCGGGCUUGAUGACUUUCUCGAAGGGAGUUGGGUAUCCCUUGCGGAGCACCGACGCGAAGCGUGAUGCGCUCAGCCUCGCGAAUUUGGACGCUGACACGGAAGACCAAGAUGCACCUCCAGAGUACAAGGCCAGACAAAGCAUUCCUGCCGCUCCAUCUUUGAAAAAGUCGAAAUCUCACCUGUCUCGAGGGCACUAAAGCUCCGUGGUAUAUUCGGCUUUCCAAUUUCUGUCUGGGAAUUUAUAUUAUCUUUGCUUGUGCUUUUUGCAUUGCCAUAAUAGAUAUAUGACCCAUCGUAAUUCAAUUCUAUAGGGCGCACCUCCCCACAUGUAUCCAUACUUGCUGUCAAUUGAAA